AUGGAGCAACAUUCCAUAUCGCUUCUGGAAACGCUGCCAUUGCAUCUAUUGUUCCUUAUCAGCGAAUGCCUUGCUCAGCUCCAGCCAAGAACUCGACGUAGCAUCUUCGCCCUCUCUUUGACCAGCAAGACCUGCAAUCUGGCGACAGAUCCGGAGAGGUUCCGUCAUGUACAUGUCGCUUUGAUAGGUCCGCAGAAAUUACAGCGAGAUAUCCAACGGUGGCGCCAAAUCCUCCAGGCCGGGAACCGCUUGGCCUUUGUACGCAGCGUCAAGAUUACUGGUGUCACAGUAUCUUCUUCGGUUGAGGAGGAACUUAUCAAAAAUGGUGAUCCUUCCGGCACCAAGAUGAAGCUGGUUCAACUGGAGAAUGCACGGGACAGUUUCGGGCGGAAUGUUGAUGUGGAUGAGGAAGCUUCGGAGCUGUUCAGCGGGUUGGACAGAGUCACCAACGCCAAUGAGCUAUUGCCUGCACCGUCUACCGCCUGGCCAGAUGAAUCUGCCUGGAAGCCUCUUGCAGAUCUCAUGAAGGACUUUACAGCACUUCGGGAUGUUAUCUUUACAUCCAGGGACCAGUUCCCGCGACUCCUGCUCUCUGCGCUCCAUGAGCACCACCCACACUGCCGACUACACAUGCAUCGUUUCAAGCUUCGCAGCAUGAUUCUCCCGGAACGCGCGGAGCUAAAGGUGCACCCCGAUGACAUUGCACUAGCAACAUCCCCAUGCCUGUACAGCAUUGUUGUGCAGACCCAGCCGUACCACAGGGCUCAAAUUUGGGAUUAUAAUCUAGAGGCCGUGAUGGCUAUGACGAAGGGAUUAGCUCCUAAUCUCAAGAAUGUCAGCUUGACAGAAGGCGUCCAUCAAGCAGCUCAGGGAGUCUUUGCGACCAUUCCACGGCCUCAGUGGAAGGGCUUCCAAGUUCCAGCUGGGAAAUCGAAUGUCACAGAGUCAGCCAUUGGUCGCCUCGAGAAUUUGGUUUUGAGCCACAGCUUAAGUGGCGAGCAAAUACUUGAAUGGAGUUCCUGUACCGACUUCUCCCAUCUGCGCUCGAUGAAGGUGGGUAUGGGCGUUUCCGCCGUAAGAAAAUUAGCAGAGACAUCCCGACAAACACCGCUGAGCGCUCUUUCUUCAUUAAAUUUGAAGCUGAGGCCACACUACCGAUUUGGAGAAACCGAUGAGAUGAUGGACCCAGCCGUCGCAGAGCUCUUGCAGUCACUUUAUCCCUUGGAAAUUCUAGAACUCGACGGGGACAUUGGGGAGAAAUCUUUCGAGGCCAUCAUAACGCAUCACAGCAAACGGCUGCGCAAGUUGACCUUUAUAUGUGGAGACUCAGAAGCAGUAUUCUUCGAAUUCACUCCGGAACGUGCUACUCAACUAUCCCAAGAAUGCUUAAAUCUUCAAAUAGUAGACGUGCGAGGGUCUGAAGUGCGAAAAUCCAACGGCAUCUUUGAAUGGACAGACUGGGAAUCAGAGUAA